AUGAAUCCUCAAUUGGCUUAUGGUGUUCAUCCUUUACAUCAACAACCUCCAAUCCAAAUCCCUCCACCAAUUUCUCCAAAACAGGAUCCUCAACAAGCUUUAACUCAACAAAUUGAUUAUUACUUUUCUUUAGAAAAUUUAAUUCGUGAUAUUUACUUAAGAAAGAAUAUGGAUCUUACUGAAGGUUGGGUUAAUUUAGAAUUAAUUUUAAACUUUAAAAGAGUUAAAAUUAUUAUUAAUGGUAUUCAAAAUAGUUUAGAAGAAUCUGAUGAAUCUGCUAAACAAAAAGAAUUAGAUUCAAUUGUUUUAUCUAGUAUUAAAAACUGUGAAAAUGUUGAAAUUAAUUAUAUUGAUAAUGAUGAAUCAACUGUUUCAAAAGUUCAAUUAAGAGUCAAAGGAAAUUUUGAACAAUGGUUAUUACGUGAUUCAAAUUAA